AUGGAUCUGGCUCCGAUGAAGCGCGACAUUGACGACCUCAUAUCCCAAUUUUCUGCUGCCGAUUCGACUCGCUUUGCCCAUAUGAAGCAACUUCCUUGUCACCAAGACUUGGCAGUUGGCGGCCUCUAUUGCCUCUACUGCCUCUACGAGACUCAGCCUUUCAAAAUCUACCUCUCCCUCGAGGAGCUCAAGAAGCUCCGGCAGCUCGUGGCCGACGCGAAAGUCGAGGGCGUGGUGGUGAAGCGGGUGCUGGAGAAGAAGGUGUUUCUGUUCGGGUGCGUGGAGACGAACGAGGGGCUGAAGGGGAAGGUGGAUCAGCUGACGAAGCUGGAGAACGCGAGGAUUCGGACGGCGUGUGAGAAGCUGUUUGGGGAUGGGAGGAUUGAGGAGUUUAGUCGCAUGGAUUUGGGGGUGGAGGUUGAUUUGGGGAAGGUGAGGCAGAUGUGUGGGGAGUAUGCGGAGUUGAAGAGGGUUGCGACAGAGGAGGGUGGGGAUGAGGAGAUGAAGGGGGCUGAGGGAGGAGGGAAGGAGAUGGUCGGGGAAGAUUGUCAAGGAGUGGGAUGA